CACUGACUGACUGACUGACUGAGAGUGACUCACACACUGACUGACAGUUGGGAGCCGUUGACUCCCUCACAGGUCGGGACACAGACACUGAGUCACAGACUAAGUCACUGACGGACACAGAGGUUGGGCGGGACGUGCUGAGCGGAGGCUCAGAGUGAGCUCGAGCCGCUGAGAGGCAGUCGGACACCCGGACGCUGGGAGCCGCUGACAUGGCAGGAGCCGCGCUGGGCGGCAGCCGGAGCCUGGAGGAGGCGAGGCCGGGGCUCCGGGCGCUGCUGCUGCUGCUGCUGGGCCUGGGCUCCGGCCUGGGCUCGGGUCCGGCCUCCGUGUCGGGCCGCACCACCGAGUGGUACACGGCCUUCGUGAGCACCGCCUACCUGGAGCCCGUCACCAACAUCACCCUGUCAGCCAACGCCGAGAGCGGCAGGUAUGGUGACAGUUCCCCUAAAGAUAGCGUGCAAGGCGUGCUUGGGAUCCCCAGGAACAACCGAGAUCAACUGGGCUGUGAUCCCAACACAGAGUACUUUAUACCCAGAUCUGGGGAGCCGUGGAUAGCUCUGGUAGCCAGAGGGAAUUGUACUUUCAAGGAGAAGAUUUUAAUUGCUGCCCAGAAAAUGGCCUCUGCAGUGGUGAUAUACAAUUUUAUGGGGACUGGGAAUGCUACUGUCACCAUGAACCAUAUUGGGACUGGAAACACCGUGGCCAUUAUGAUUGGUAACGCAAAGGGAAUGGAGAUUCUGGAGGUAAUCCGUCGAGGUAUCCCAGUGAUAAUGUCCAUCACUGUCGGUACACGCCAUGUGCAAGAGUGGAUGAGCUCACAGUCCGUUGUGUUUGUAAUUAUUGCUUUCAUCACAAUGAUGAUCAUCUCUCUGGCUUGGCUCAUCUUCUACUACAUUCAGCGGUUUCUAUACUCAGGCUCACAGUUUUCAAAUCAGAACAAGAAAAACCGAAAUAACAGGAAAGAGGCCAAGAAAGCCAUCAGUAAACUUCAACUUCAUACAGUCAAGUGUGGAGAUAAGGAAAUCGAUUUGGAUAUUGAUGGUUGUGCUGUGUGCAUUGAAGUAUAUAGAUCCAGGGAUGUUGUUCGAAUUCUACCAUGCAAACAUGUUUUCCAUAGGAUAUGCAUUGAUCCGUGGCUUCUUGAACAUCAAACUUGUCCAAUGUGUAAACUUGAUGUUAUUAAAGCACUUGGCUUUCUGGUGGAUGCACAUGAAGAUAUUGAAAUAGUGAUACCAGAAUCAGCACCCGUCAGUAUCCCAGUCAGCAAUUCAAGCCCUUCUUUACAUGAAGACGGAGGAAAUGAAGUCAGUACCUUCCCAGAGUCUUCCACCUUUGAAUCAUUACAACACGACGACAGACUGGAAGAGGAUGAAGCAGCUGCUCUAAUUGAAAACAAUCCAGGGAGUCAACCAAAUGAUGACAGUUCAGGCUGUCCUGUUGCAUGUCCAGAUGCCAGAUGAAUGUUUCUGAAGAAAAUAAACUGUGUUGAGUGAAUAUGAGUGAUGCAGCCUUUCAAAACACAAAAUGAAUAUAAACAUGCUGUAUAUUGCUUAAUGUGUGCAACCACGUACAAAGUUGUGCAUUUUAAAUUUGUUAUUACAUUCUCAACUGAUUUACAAUUUAGAUUUUAAAUUUGUCAUUACAGACUCAACUGAUUUACAUAACUAGAUGAAAUGGAUAAUGCUUUAUAGAAGUGCGUUUGUCGAUUUGGUAACGCAUGGGAUUCCUGCUGUUAGUACUUUCAUAGCAAUAAGAAUCAAAAAGGUACUUGUGCAAGUGCCUUGGCAAAGAGGUGGGUUUUACUGAAACUGGAAUUAAUGUUUUAAAUCACUGUUUAGGUAUGAGAGUGACUAUGUUGUUGUCUCUUAAGAAAUUCAUACGUCCUUCUCAAUGAACACAACUGUUCAUUCUUGUUUAUAAGAAGCCUGUGAAAUACAUUUGUAAAUAUACUGUCUCUUUAAAUAGCUUAUUUUUUACUUGAUUUAUCCUUAGCAAAUAUUUAGUAAGAUGAAGUUGCCCUAUUCCCAGUUGUCAAACAGUAAUGUUAAUAAGUUUAAUUAAACGUAGAAUAAUGUUAUAUGGUAACAUUAAACCAUUGUCUUUUACUUUACAUAUAUUUAAUGCCUAGGAAUGCUUUAAAAAGUUGGUAGUUUUAACAGUCUGAUCAUUCUGCAGUAAGAAUAUCAUGUAGUACUUAAAAUUUUGAAUUUUGUAGAAAAUAUUAAAGUAUAGUGCCAUAGGUAAAUGUUUUCCUUUAAAUUACACUGAAAGGUUAUGGAAUUAAAACAAGCAUUCAACUUUUAAUUGAUAUUGCUGCUGUAAAAGACUACUGUAUAAUUUUGUUGAAAUAGGGUGUAUGUGUAUAUAAAAUGUUGCAGAGGUAUUGUAUUGAACUAUCUGUACUACACAUGCCCUGAAGCAGUUGUUCUGCUCUUUGGGGUAACUUUUGCUGUAGAAGGGAUACUUCAAAUAAAAGUUAUUAAAUUCA